AUCCCCCAUCCCACUGUCAACAUCAAAUAAAGCCAUGUGGCGAAUUCAUCUUACCUGCUGCCUAUUAUACUGGGCUGAAGUCAGGCCCCUGAAAUGCCACCAUAUCAUAGGACACUAGAUUAAUAGCCCUUUCCACAAAAACAGCACUCUCAUGCUGACUGAGAACAGCUGCGCCUUACCUGAGUCCUUGGAACAGCAUUCUGGGCUGCUGACUCUAAUAAGGUCUUGAUGCAUAACAUACAUUUGCCCUGACAGUCAUCACAGCUAAUCAGGCCCGCAGUUAGGGGUAUGUGGAAGAGGCAUGUCUCUAGGUUGCGAUGGUUGAGGGAGGGGCCCAAGGCACGUGCCCCUUCUUCCUUACACUCUGGCCCUGCUCUUAGCUGCUGCAGUGAGGCAGUGGUUGCAGAAGAUAAAGGGGGCUAAGUGAUACGUAGGCCUGCAUUAGGUGCCCUUAUGCAUUGGCUGCCUUUGCAGCUAAUUGCUACCCUGCCAAUAACCCCUUUUCUAUUAAUAAACUCCAUGUCAUUACUCACAAUGGUUGCCCCUACCCCCUGCUUUCAUCAAAAGAACCCUCCCAAAUCUAUAAAGUUCAACUGCACCACCUUACUGGUGUCUACAAGGUUCCACAAACUGCUGGAAAGUGGAUUGGUAUGUCCUGACAUGGAGUUUGUCCAGGGAAGGAAAACCACAUUAAGUAUGAUCCAGUUUUCACUUUUUUCCUUGAUGUACUCCAUGUGAGUACUUACCUGGAUGUAGCAAGCUACUUUUUCUAUAAUGGUAGGGUAAUAGGUUCUAAUGCAUAACAAGCAGCAGAUAAGGCAUUUGUGGGUUUGGUCUUUAAAGAUUUGGGUCCUUAUGAUUGAAGCAGGGGGAGGGGAUACUCUAGUGAGUACUGACAUGGAGUUCAUCCAAAAAAAGGAAGGUGCUAGUAAGUAUAAUACAAUGUUCCUUUUUCUCAUUCUUUUAUUUCCCUCUUCUUAACAGAAGUUUAUUGGUACAUCUGGCAUAACGGACUGUUUUAUCUGUCUAUAGCAAUAAUAAAUAUAACAUUGCAGUUUUAAUAUAUGUAUGUAAAAUUGUUUUUCCACUUGCUGAGAAUCAGCCUUGUGUGGCAUAGCCCUUAAGCUGUCUUUUCAGCCCAGAUAGACCAAAUUGGCAGCUUAUCUACCCAUACAUUGGGCUCUCUGACAGGCCUGCUAAACCAAUGUCUCUCUAAAAAUUGGGCAGAUGUCAAUAGGGCAGGUUUAAAAAUUCCUGUUGGCUUGAGAGCUAUAUGUCUGUGUAGAAACAUCAGAGCACGUUGGCACCCAUCCGCUCCAUGUGUUAAGGGUACUGACAGGCAAUGUGCCAGCUGUGAGCAUAUACAGAAUGCAGAUUUUGGUGUAAAUAAUGAAUACUCUUGUGUUUUCACACCAAAAAUCUGCUCCAUGUAACGUCAAGUGCAGUUUUGCUCCACUGGGCUGUUUCACCGUCUGUGUUUCUAAGCAGGCAGAGAAACAGCCUAAUGUGAGAUUAGCCUAAGGCUAAUGGAACAUGGGGAGAUUUGCCGUCCAUGGUUAAAUCCGGGCUACCAUGGGCAACUAAACUCCCAGUAAUGCUUUCCCACCGGCAGUAUACUAAAUCGCAGGUGAGAAAGCAUACGUGGCACUUCAUUUUCUGAAGAGAAACGCUGCAUACGCUUUUCCAUUGGCGAUUUACUUUAUUACCACAAGAAAGCGUUUCAGUGAUAUCUUUUGUCUGUUUUUCAUUAGCCUAAACCAUUGCCCUUAUUCCAAUUACAAUUUCUUUGCUGAUUAAAAAUGCUCAAUUCUGCAGCAGUCUGGAGUGCCAAAGGUUAUCUGCUAACACUGAAAACAAUCUGAAACGUGGGCUUCAGGUGACUCCAUUGCUGAGAAUAGAAUCAGCAGUUCAAACGCCCUUUGCUUUGCCAAAGAAAUAACACUGCAGUCAUAACAGUGUUGCAAUUAAGCAAGCCUGUUUGUUGGCAAUUAUCACUUUCUAUACAGAAUGGGAGUGCUGCAGUGGGGUAUAAAGCAAUCCCUAUUUCAUAUAGCAGAUGGGGCUUUGCGCAGAUUCGGAGUUUCCUGAUAUUGAUGAUCCAGACGCAAAAUAUCUGAGAAAUCUGAAUCCAACACUGACGUUCGCCUGAAAAAGACCGUCCCACUAUUAUGAAAGGGAGGUAGCACAGUUCUGCUGCACUUCCCCCUCUCUGAGCUCACCGAGUGGAAUUCCCCACUGUCUGACACACAGGAACUUCCAAUCAGUCAUCAGAACGGAGGGGAGGAUUCUUGUGAUAUUGUAUACACCAUAACUGAAGACGAAAAGGGAGAACUGAGUGAGCUGUGCUGGGAGACAAACUGUUUUGUACAAUAUUUGGUCUGCGUUUGAAUUGUAUUUGUGGCUGCUGUGUUUUGAUUGCUAAUUAUUAUCUCUACCAGUACAGCAGGGCUACACACGGCAUUGGGCUAUGGUAACACGAUACAAACGAAAGCAAGCUAUCUGCUAUACAGACCAAACACUCAGAUAAGGCAAAGGGAGAGGGAUCGGGGUCACGGUAAAGUAAAGUGAGUAAGACGCAAACAGGGGGGUGGGAAUAGAAAGCUUAGAGUCAGUAUUUACCCAGGUAAAAGGUAGGUUGGAUAAAUAGGAAAGCACAAAGGGGUGUGGGCAAGAGGAGUGGCAGAACAAAACACUGACAGAAUGAGGAAGCUGCCCAUAUAAUGAUAGGAAGCUGAGAAAUAGAAAGAAAUUGCUCAGCCAGAAUAGAAAGCAAGAGACAGCAAAGGCCAGGGCUGGAAUCUUCAUGCACCAACAAGGAGAGAGUGUGGUAGAAAGCAAUCCCGAGCACAGUACCUAGCCCCUGUGGAGCAAUUACAUUUAUUUUUUUAUAAAGAGACUUAUGUAUCAUCAGCCAAAAAUCAUUAAACUGAGGGAUUUUGUGUACAAAUUAAAAUGUUCAUGGAAGGGGGAGAACAUGAAGCAGCACAGGAUGACUUCAGCGUGGAUGAGUUUACUGUGCCUCAGGAGUCUGAAAAAGAAAUACAAGAUCAACAGCCUCAUGUGGAGAGGAUAUUUGGAGUCUCCCUUAACAUCAUAGGGGUACUAGAUCAACCCCCCUUGUACCAUCAACCUGUGGGACAUUUGCAGAUGUGGCUUCAGAUGAGAGGGGAUAGAAGGAGUAUUGGAAAAGCUAAGGACUAUAUUAAAGGACUGUGCACACCGGAGAUAACCGAGGACUUUGACUACCCACGGGAGAUGCAUUGUAUUUUUGUUGGGGCCAAAGGCCUCUUCCUUGAUUGCCUGAUCAGAGACACAUCAGCAUAUGUAAAGCCCUUAACACCUGGCCGAAUCAGGAUCUCUGGCCUAGCAGAGGGAGCAGUGAUGGCUCAAAGCUGGGUCUGUGCUUCUGUAGAGAAAUGUAAAUCAAACACUAAGCCCAAUGUAAAUGAGGUCCAAAUCAAAAGACAUUUCAAGGACCUGGUAGAGGACCCUACAGAUAAACAUGCGCUGGACCUUCUUAUUCUUCCAACUUCUGUCAAAGAGGAGUUACUGUCCUUAGUAGGCAAGCGCCUCCUUGUUGAUUCAGCAGCAAUAACGGAAUUAAAAGACCAGCAUAGAAUGCCUGAAAAUACCAAUGAUACAACACAUGUUCAGCAGUUCUGGCCUACAGAAGGCCACAAAAAUCAAAGAUAUGAAAAAAGCAUAAGUUCUAAACUAGAUGUAAGAUGUAAAUCAAAGCCAAGUAAUGUCAUUUUACACCAUAGAGCUUCUGAGCCACUGCAUUUAGCUACUAACAAUGAAUGGGACUGCAGCAGUCAAGAACCACAAAUCCCCAACCUGGAUACAUAUGAGAGGCCCAUGGUACAGAUAACUGGGAUUGAUUUGCCCCAGUUCCAACAUGUGGGUGAAAGAGAACUGCAAUACAAAGAUGAUCACGAAGAGUUUCAGCAGAUAUCUGGACUGCUAGACACUAUAAUGGGUAGGGAAAAUGGUGACCAAAAACACUUUUCUUUGGGUACACAAAAAGAAUUUAAUAUGCUUUUAGACUUUUUUAAGACCAUGGGUUACCAGGAAGCUGCAGUUCUUAAAGUAUUGUCUGAAAAUGGAAUUCAAGAACCUUCUCAGAUACUGGACAAGGUUAAGCUGGAGCAGUCUAACACCAGUCAACGAACAGAGUCACAAAAUGUAAAUGUACCUUAUAAAGACCUGUCACAUACUGCAUCCAGCCAGAAUGAUGAAGAUGAUGAUUAUGUUUUGGAAGUUGUUAAAUCAGCUGCCAAGAACUGUGGCUAUUGUCCUAGUGAAAUAGUAGAUAUCGGGAAUGGAUCUGUGGCAGGACUGCUUAGAAAACUUAAUGAGAAAAACAUUUUGGAAGAUCAAAUGGCCUUUUCUAAUUACCAGAAUCAGGAUGAUACAGAAGGUGUUAAAUUGUUUUCAGAUGUCCUUAAACUAGAACAAGUGUCUGAGCUCAAUACAGUUGAAGUGAAUCCAUCAGAUAAGUUAAUACGUAACAAACAUUGCAACCACCCUGUGGAAGACCUCUAUCCUGGUGUGGCCCAGCAAGAGGUUGGAUUGUUGGAGAAAGGCAAGGGUCCAGCUGAGGAGAAGGAACCUUGUGUUCCUGUCGUCACUGGAAUACAGAGGUUUAAUGAAGCUAUGCAAACUCCAUUUCAACUUAACCUCAGAAAUGAAAAAGGAAAUGAAGAGCUGAGAUAUAUCAUAAUAGAUGGCAGUAAUGUAGCAAUGAUACAUGGACUUCACCGUUUUUUCUCUUGUCGUGGGAUUGCACUUGCUGUGCAGUAUUUCUGGGACCGAGGACAUAGGGGCAUCACAGUCUUUGUUCCUCAGUGGCGAAUGAAGAAAGACAGUAAAGUCAAAGAACAGCAUUUUCUAACAGAGUUGAAUGAUCUUGGACUUCUUUCUUUUACUCCAUCAAGAACAAUAGAAGGCAAAAGAGUAACAUCAUAUGAUGACAGGUUUAUGCUGCAGUUAGCAGAGAAGACAGAUGGUGUUAUUGUCACAAAUGAUAACCUACGAGACAUAGCUGCUGAGUCCCAGGCCUGGAAAACUAUUAUUAAGGAUAGACUUCUACAAUAUACAUUUGUUGGAGAUAUUUUCAUGGUACCAGAUGAUCCCCUAGGUCGAAAUGGACCACCACUGAACCAGUUCCUUAGUAAAAACUUACGUCCCAGGACCAAGUCAAAAGGACACUCAUUUGCUGGCCGAAGAGGAACCCACUCAGCACCUAAGAAAUCAUCUCAGACAGAAGUCUUAAACUUUCGAGAUCGAAAGGCUGGCGCAGUGCUAGAAGAACGGAAGGCAGAUGUCCGGUCAUUUAAUGAGACACAAAGACUCAGACAUGAACUACUAAAUAUAUUUCCUUCCCAGGAUUCAAAGGUGGAUUAUAUUCUUCAUAGAGAACCAUAUCUGUCUGACCUCAACAAACUUUCUGAACUCAUAAUAACACUUAAGUGUUAAAAAUUAAAAUUCCCCAGUAACUGAAGCAAGCAGGUUCUCCUAUACCAGGGGUCGGGAACCUUUUUGGCUGAGAGAGCCAUAAACACCACAUAUUUUAAAAUGUAAUUCCGUGAGAGCCAUACAAUAUGUUUGGCCGCGGAUGCUGCGGGGCAAGGUAGGGUGGGUCCCAAGGAUGCUGGAUGCGAUGCAGAGGAGGGCGUGG